AUGGUUGUCGGUCGUAUUACACACUAUGCAUUCGACCUCGCGUUGAUAUCGACCAUUCUUGCUGGGAUCAAGCGUAAUACUGGAUACAGCGUGAAACUCCACGAGUUACCUGAAGGUGCUCCUCGGACGGUUGCUUCUUCCUAUCUUCAAGCUGGGGAAAAAAUAUUUGAUUACGUCUCAGCCUACUCUCACACAUCCUCAUACUUCCACCGGGGCGCUAUCGAUGGCCCUGGUAAGUCCUCGUGGGGCUGGGGGUCAAAAUAG